AUGUCCCUUUUGUCUCUUUCGUCUCUUUCGUAUCGCCGUGUCUUAUCCCUGCGAUGCUACACACAUUCAUUUCCUCACAUACCCGCAUCCAAUAGAUCUUGUCUCCUCAGCAGACGAAUAAACAGUCGACGUUCAAUUUCGGUCUCGGUUCGAAAAGAACAAGGGCGGAGACGUACCGCACUAGUUGAGAGAGAUUCAAUAAAUCGGUGGGAGAAUCUGACGCCUAGAGAGAAGGUCGUUGGAGCAACGAAGACAACGUUUAGUUUCGGUGUAAUAGCUUUGAGUAUUGGAAUAUGUGGCACCGUUUUUUAUCUUUUAAUAAACGAGCUUUUUAGCCCUUCAGGAUCUACAAAAGUUUUCGGCGAAGCUCUAGAGAAAAUCAGAGCACAUCCGCAGUGUCAAGAAGACUUGGGAACUCCAAUAAAAGGUCAUGGUGCACCAGGUUAUAAUAGAAGACAACGUUCUAGGCGAGUGCGGCUACAUAACGUAAUGAAGACCGAUGGGACUGAACAUAGAGUGAUGACAUUCUAUGUCGAAGGACCCGUUCGUUAUGGGAUGGCAUACCUCGAUCAAGUGAAGGACGAGGAGGGAAACUGGAAAACCGAGUCUCUAGUAGUAGAUUUACCCGCAAACCGUUUACAUUUGGCACGGCGAAUAUUUGUAGAAUAUAACCGUAACGAGAAAGCUCUUCCGAAAGAGGGAGUAAAAUAA